CGCAGGUCCGGACUUACGGUAGUGAGGCAGGGCAGCUCCAGUUCUCAGUAACUUUGACUCGCGGCGGCAGAGAACAGCGCGGACAUGGACGUUGGGGAGUUACUCAGCUACCAGCCUGACAGAGGUGCAAAACGUCCCCGUGGUGUUGAUGAAGACGAUGAAGAUUUAAAAACAUCGUACAAGCAUGGCUCGGGUAAAAGAAGUUACCAUGAAGAGAGUGGAAAUAUGGUUGAUGAUGAGGAAGAAGUAGGCAAGAAGAAAAUACUUGAUUUAAUGGAAAAUGAUGAGGCUGAACCUUUGGAUGAAAGCUCAGUGAAGAAGAUGAUCCUGACGUUUGAAAAAAGGGCCUAUAAAAAUCAGGAGCUCCGUAUCAAGUUCCCAGAGAACCCAGAGAAGUUCAUGGAGUCGGAGUUGGAUUUAAAUGAUAUAAUACAAGAGAUGCAUGUGAUUGCCACUAUGCCAGACCUGUACCAUUUACUUGUGGAACUCAAUGCUGUUCAGUCCCUGAUUGGUCUUCUUGGCCAUGAAAAUACUGAUGUUUCCAUUGCGGUGGUAGACUUGCUGCAGGAGCUUACUGAUAUAGACACCCUGCAUGAGAGUGAAGAAGGAGCAGAAGUUCUCAUAGAUGCUUUGUUGGAAGGACAAGUGGUGGCACUGCUGGUUCAGAACCUGGAACGAUUGGAUGAGACAGUGAAGGAAGAAGCAGAUGGCGUUCACAAUACAUUAGCUAUUAUAGAGAACUUAGCUGAAUUUCGCCCUGAAAUGUGCACUGAAGCAGCUCAGCAAGGUCUUCUGCAGUGGAUGCUGAAGCGAAUAAAGGCCAAGAUACCUUUUGACGCCAACAAGCUCUACUGCAGUGAAAUUCUAGCCAUCUUGCUUCAGAAUAAUGAUGUCAACAGGGAACUACUCGGUGACCAGGAAGGGAUUGAUGUACUUUUGCAGCAACUAUCGUUAUUCAAACGUCAUAAUCCCAGUACAAACGAGGAGCUUGAGAUGAUGGAGAACCUGUUCGAUAGUCUUUGCUCGUGUUUGAUGUUGAGCUCCAAUAGGGAUCGUUUCCUGAAAGGGGAAGGGCUCCAGCUUAUGAACCUAAUGCUCAGGGAAAAGAAGAUGUCUCGCGCCAGUGCUUUAAAGGUGUUGGACCAUGCUGUGAUUGGCCCUGAAGGGUCUGAUAACUGUCACAAGUUUGUAGAUAUCCUUGGACUAAGGACGAUAUUUCCCCUUUUUAUGAAAACACCAAAGAAAAUGAAGAAAGCUGGAAUGACAGAAAAAGAACACGAAGAACACGUUUGUUCGAUUCUUUCUUCCAUGCUUCGAAACUUAAAAGGUCAACAGCGAACCCGACUGCUUAACAAAUUCACAGAAAAUGACUGUGAGAAGGUCGAUCGACUGAUGGAGCUGCAUUUUAAGUAUCUGGAAGCUGUGCAGAUAGCUGACAAGAAGAUUGAAGGAGAAAAACAUGAUAUGGUCCGUCAAGGGGAAAUAAUUGAUGAUGAUAUGGAAGAUGAAUUUUACCUGAGGCGUUUGGAUGCUGGCCUGUUCGUCCUUCAGUUAGUUUGUUACAUCAUGGUGGAGACCUGCAGUGCUGGAAUCCCUCAGAUAAAGCAGCGUGUGCACCAGAUUCUGAAUAUGCGAGGUGGUUCGACCAAAGUGGUUCGACAUAUCUUGAGAGAGCAUGCUGAAAAUAUUGGUGAUGGGAAGAAUGAUGAUUUUAAAGAGGGUGAACAGAAAAGAAUCCUCAGCCUCCUUGAAAAUUUCUGAGGUGAGAGAGUAUCAAGGUCUGCAGCUGCUAGAGAUGGUUGAAGAGAUACUGUCUUCGCGUUCAGUCUGAAGUGGUCCAGCGCACGCUCUGAUCUGCAUUGUACUUUGAAUAUUUACGGUGGAAUUGAUUUGAACAGACUUGUGAGAGAAGCCAUUUCCCAAUAAGGAUGAUGCUGAUGAAGCAGCAUGUUAUUUUAUUGACUAAAAAUCACUGUACGUGAAGAUCAUUACAAUUAAAUGACACUCAGCUGUAUUUUUGAAGUUGCAAGCCCCUCUGACCUGUUUCAAAUACUUGUCAUUACCAAAACCAAAUUAAUUUUAUCCGACUAUUGUCCAAUGUUGUAGAAUAUAUAAUAAGACAAAUGCAAUUUGUAGAAAGCAAUUGGCAUUUAUUCACAAACAAGUCCCCUGUGUACUAAUUGAAAAUGUGUCUGGUUUGCAUCUUUAAAUAUUUUGGCUCUGAUGUACAUCUGUUUGUUCUACUUUCCACCUCUAGUACAGGUAAACUUUCAAAGCUGCAGUUCCACCUUGCAUUUUAGUGAAGUGUAUAUUGGUCAUUUAAAUAUAAAGAUUGUUUUUAUAUUAACAUAUAGAAAUACUCUGUUCCUUUUGUUCACCCAGUAAAAUUUUCUGUUUGUACAUUCUCAAUCAUAAGUGUGACAUGAAUGUCUCUUUUCAGCUUGUCACUAUUAGAAAUACAAAGUAAAUAUGGAUCUAUAAGCAUUUAAGAGGAGAAACUUUACCCAAGUUAUUAACCUUUUUCUAAAUUUGAAGAAGUCCCAAAUGAUAUAGUUAUCAAAUUUUUUUAUUUUUGAUUUCCAAUAUUCAGCUUAUCCCCUUUACUGUAAGUGUUACUGGCAAUAAAUUGAAGUUACUAAAUCAGUACAUCGUCAACAUUCAAUAUUAGUUACCACAACUAAAUGGAAUUCCAGUACUGUACCUUCAAAGUAUGUCUCUGUCACCAUAUACUACUGAGAUUCAUUCACUUGUGAGCACUCACAGUAAAUAUAAAGAAACACAUUAUAAUCAGUGAACAACUGCACACAACAAAGACUGACAAUCAGUGUGCAAAGGGAUGGGAACCAAAGUGCCAGAGCGGGCAGUAUGGCUGGAGUGAAAAUAAAUGAUGUUAAAAGUUCAAGCAAAUCCACUAAUAGAAAGGUUGUGAGUGGUGGUAAAAAUCUUCUGAGGUGUAUAUAUUUCAAUGCUAGGAGUAUUGCGGGGAAGGCGGAUGAGUUGAGGGUGUGGACUGACACGUGGAAUUAUGACGUUAUAGCAAUUAGUGAAACUUGGCUACA